AUGACGACUGCUGGUGCCGCUGUCGGUGCCAGCCCUAUACCACACGCCACGGUUAUGUCCGCCACCAUCGACUUCGAAGAGUUCUUGGAAUACGACGAGGAAGGCUUCGGUGCCGCGAACUCGAUGCCCAACUUCGACCUCUCCAAUCCUAACGCCCUCAAGUUCCUCGAAUCAUCGCAGUCGCUGCACGAAUCCAAGUCUCUCGAGCCCCAGGCCACCCUGCUGGCCAACGGCACCGUCGCCGCUGGAUCACCCGACUCCCUCGUCGACUCAUUCCGAGACUCGUCCUCCGAUUCCGCCUCGUCAAAAAGGACCGGUAGCUCCGCCUCCGGAAAGACAGCUUUGACAGCGGGCGACGUGAUGAUGACAGAUGGAGCCGAUAUCAAGCCUGACUGGGAGACUGCGGCCUUCGCCGACCGUCCGGAAGACAGCGUCUACCUUUUUGGCGGGAACGCCGACGCGACGCUGCCCGGCCUCGACAUGGGCGACGACAGAUUCAUGGAAGAGUCGUUUGACUUCGAGAGCGCGUCCAGCAGUCCGGACGCUAUCAGCGCUGUCAACAUGGAAUCACCCGAGAUGCCCACCAUUCACACCAAUGGCCCGCAGAAGGCUCCGCCUCCGAGCAGUACCAGAGCCGGAAAUCACGCCAAGAGGAAUUCCCAAUACUCCAUUUCGCAGCCCAUGAACGGACUGAAAAUGACCAACUCGAGGGAGUGCUCACCAAUGUCUCAGAAUUUGAUAACGAGCCAUGAGGCAUCCCCUUCAGCCGCCUUCUUCAACAGCUCACCAUCGCCGCGAGGCGCCGGUCAAGAUUUUUCGAAUGCCGCCACAAUGAACGCUAUGAACCCGAACGGAUUUUGGCCGACGAAAAUGGACCCCGCGCAACAACAAAUGUUACACAACAUGUCUAUACAGUCUCAAUUUCACGCACACGAUGGUCUGCCAGUCAUGCCACAACAGAUGCCGAUGUUCACCCAACCCAGCUACGACUUCCUGAACCGUGGGUGUCGGUUGACGAUCCACCCGACACCAACAAAGUCCCGCGUCGAGACUCAGAUUCCCAUCAAGAUGACUCUCUUCCCGCUUCCUCACGGCAUCAAGCGCCUCCACCUGCCCACACAUACCAUUUCGAAGCCAAAGUUACUAGCGAAGCCACCAGUCGAGCGUUCUCAGGACACAUUGGAGCUCUACACCAUGCUAGUGUGCACUAGUGCCAUGGUCAGCGAGGAUAACAAGCGCAAGGCCUUCCAGCGCGCCGCAGCCGCCACCCACAGCCCUUCCUUGAACGCCCGAUCUGCUAGUGAGGACGAUGAUGAGGAGAACAAGCCGCAGAACGGAGGCGAAGUUCGCAUUUGCAACGGCUGCAUCACGCGAGAGAGAAAGCGGGCGGCUAGAAAGAAGAUCAAGAAGGUCGAAGAGGAAGAGAUGUGGAAUCGGGAUGAGAACCGGCGCGUGAUCGUCUUCAACACCCAGGAAAUCAAGGAGUGGCAGACGCCCAAUGGCGUCGUGUCUGACUCCACCGUGACAGGGCGACCAGAACCGGUAGCUCCUCCUGGAGCGAUGCAGGUAGACGCGCCUAUGCGCAUUGCCUGUUACUGCCGCCACCAUGCAGAGAAGCAGGGUUUCCAAGUCAUCUUCACCAUCAAGGACUGGCAAGACCGCGUUGUUGCCCAAGAAAUAUCUCAGUCGAUCAUGAUUACCGACGAUCACAAGACGCACCCAUUGCCGUCAUUGCCACCCGCUGCCUCGACCUCCGAGAACAACCUCGUGCCGAUGAUGAACACGCCGCUUGAUACCAGCCCACUCAGCUCGGGGGCUGCUCCGUUCCGUCUGUCGCAUUCCAGCUCCGAUCUUCAAAGCUUGCAGCGUAACGCACCUCCGGCCCCGGCUCCGUCGUUCCCCGCUGCGAACGCCGUGGCUAAGCAGCCAGCCCCCGCACCUUCGACAACGAACGCUCGCUCUUUAUCUCGGCCCCCGUCCCCAAGUUUACACGCCGGGCCGAUGACAAAGAAGCGCAAGGCCAGCGGAUCGAGGGUUCCUGCUCAUAUGACGAUGACUCGCUUGGAUACGACCCCGCCACCAACUCAGAUGCCUGUCAAUCCAGUGCCACCGGCAGCCUCUGCUUCCACAUCGCCGUUCACGCCUAACCUCACCAACUUCCAGACUCCCCCUGAUACUGUGUUCCAAAAUGGAGCUCCGUCGAACAUCCCACAGCCGUUCGCUACCGGUCCACCGACACCCAACAGUAACGACCAGACCUUGUUCACCAACGCCAACCGAUCUGCCAGCAUGGAAAAUAUGGCGAUGCCCAUGUUCUCAGCCCCUGCAUCAGCCCACCAAAGUCGCGCUGCAAGCCCAAGUAGACUGGCAAACGGUGUGAACGCUGUACAACAAAGUCAAUUCAAUACCAUGCAAUAUCUUCCUACUGCGGUUGCUCCAACACGGCCUCAGCCAACCAUUCACAAAAUCAUUCCCAACGAAGGACCUAAGUGCGGUGGCAUCGAGGUGACCAUUCUUGGCGCGAGCUUCUACCAAGGCUUGGAGGUGCUAUUCGGAGACCAGAAGGCCACAACCACCACCUUCUGGGGCGAGUCCUCCUUGGUGUGCCUCUUGCCACCGGCGCCUGUCGCUGGGCCAGUCGUGGUCACUUUCAAACAAAGCCAAGCUCAAGCCGGACAGCCCUUCAGUGCCCUCUCCAAGCAGAAUCAAGUAUUUAAGUAUAUUGAUGACGACGAGGAGAAGCUCAUUCGCACCGCGCUCUCGAUUCUUGGCCACAAGAUGUCUGGUCAGUUGGUUGACGUCAAGGAGCUUGCUCAACGCAUCAUUGGUCAAGGAGAUUCCAGUUGGGGCGGUCCUGGCCCCUCGGGCAACGGUGGGUUUGGCGGAAACACUUUCAACAUGAGCACGGAAUCCCAGCUGUUGAAGUUGCUUGAGUUGAUCGACCUUGAUGACAACCCGAGGAUGUCUCGCCUGGAUCUUAGGAGAAACACAGGUCACACUAUGCUGCACAUGGGUUGCGCUCUGGGAUACCAUCGUUUCGUUGCUGGGUUGCUUGCGCGUGGUUCUAACCCGGACCUCCGGGACAAGGGCGGCUUUACUCCCAUGCAUCUGGCGGCGAUGAACGACAACGAGUCCAUCGUUCGCAAGCUCAUGCAGGCUGGCGCUGACCCUACGAUCCGUAGUCUUUCGGGACUGCGGCCGGCUGACGUUGCUCAAUCACGCAAGGUGGUUGAGCACAUCCGUCGCUGCGAGCGUCACAUUCGGUCCCGCAGCGGAGGUUCUCUUCACAGCAGAGCCAGUAGUGCCGCUUCGCUGCGGUCUCUUUGGGACCCUCUCGGCAUGUCCAGCGAGGAAGAGUCUGCAGACGACGGUGAGGAGAGCCCCGAAUACUCAUCUGGCGACUACGAGGACGAAGAAGAGGAGGAGGACUCAUGGCUCGACAUGCGGCGUCGUUCCAGUGGGCAUGCGUUCACCCCUCGUCCAGACCGACAAGCACUGCAACGAGGUCACGAUGAGGUUGAGCCAGGUCUCGCAUCACCGACCACCGCCAUAGCCUCGGCCGUGAGGGAUCAGUUUGCUGCUCAGAUUCAGCAGUUCCAGCAAGCGAUGGCACAUUUCCCCAACCUACCUCAAAUGCCGGCAUUGCCAAGGAUGCCCAUGUUGCCGGACUAUCAGGCGUAUCUUCAGCAGAACCCGUUCAUGGGUAGAGUCACUUCGCUGAUGCCUGGUAUGUCAACCUCUAGACCAGGAUCGUCAGGCGACGAAAACCCGAGACAAAUGGACGGGCGUUGGUGGGAUCUGUCAGCCUUUAGAACCACCAACAACAACUCAGCUCCGCCACCGGCGUACGACGAGAUCUUCCCUCAGGAGGAGCUGGACCGCAAGCAAGCCGCGGCUUUGAACUCUGCUGCUGAGGCUGUUGCGGACAGAUCUAUCGCUGUCGGAACACAAAUCACUGAGACCGUCGAGAUAUCGGAGGCUUCAUCAAGCGCGACGCCAGUGCCGAGUGUGCUCAAGAUCGGCCGCAAGAGUGCUAUCACCAAAGAGCAGCAACAAAACUUCCUCAGGGCGCGCGAGGCCAAGUUCAAGGGGAUGCGCAGCGACAAGAACUUGUGGUUCGUCUGGAUCCCGCUCCUCACCUGCAUUUUGGGUGUGAUGCUGUACAGUCGAUUCCCUCAAAACUUCGCCAUGCUUUGGGCCGUCAUCCUUCGUUUGGCUGCAAAGUUUGACCAGGUGCCCGAGAUGGUCAGAAAUGUCCAGGACCGCGUCGUCGAGGUACUAUGA